AUAUUUAGUAGUAUACGCAUGCGCAGAAUGUGUGUUUUCAAACGGGUGGACGUGAUGCAGGUUGUGGAAAGUGCCUGAGCAUCACAUUUGUUGUAUUUGUCAAGUUUAUCUUCCAUCAGUAGUCUCUCCAAUGGAUUUAGACAGUGGAACAUACGAGCCAGGAUUUGUCGGGAUACGGUUUUGUCAAGAGUGUAACAACAUGUUGUACCCCAAAGAAGACAAGGAGAACCGUGUACUGCUUUAUGCGUGCAGGAAUUGUGACUACCAACAAGAGGCAGACAACAGCUGCAUCUACGUCAAUAAGAUCACCCAUGAGGUUGAUGAGUUGACACAGAUCAUCGCUGAUGUAUCCCAGGAUCCAACGCUGCCAAGGACAGAGGACCACCCCUGUCCCAAAUGUGGUCACAAGGAGGCAGUGUUCUUCCAGUCUCACAGUAUGAAGGCUGAGGAUGCUAUGAGACUAUACUACGUCUGCACUGCUCCUCACUGUGGACACAGAUGGACAGAGUAAAGCUGGUGAUGAUGAAGAGGUCUUACAUGUGCAUCUACAGUAUUGCUGUUCACAAAAAAAUACCCCGAGCUGCAGCUCAAAUAGACUUUUCUAUUCUACCGUGCCAGUCAGAAUUCUACACAAAUUGGUAAAUGUAAAUAUAAUAUCAUAAUCUUACUGUGCAGUUUCUUGUCAAAACCGGAGCGCUGUUGAUGUUUGUAGACCCUGAAAGGAUCGUUUGUACGAAUUCUUUGUCAGACACCAUCUUGUGAAUAUAAUGUAUCAGUACUUUUUUAACAGUUGUCAUUUUCAAAUGUGUUUUGUUAGAUUAAAAGAACCAAUUGUUUCAAA